CAGCCGUGUCUAAACCUGCUGUUGGUUGUGAGUAAAGAUGGGUGAAAGGGUGAAGCUCAUCGGUGCUUUCGCCAGUGCAUACGGCCACCGCGCAGAGGUGGCGCUUCGCCUGAAAGGCGUGCGAUACGAGCUCAUCCUGGAAGACCUCCGCAACAAGAGCGACCUGCUGCUCAACCACAACCCCGUCCACAAGCUCGUCCCCGUCCUCCUCCAUGGCGACCGCUCCUUGAGCGAGUCCCUCGUCAUCCUCGAGUACAUCGACGAGAGCUUCCAUGGUCCACCCAUCCUCCCAACCGAUCCGUACGAUCGAGCCGUGGCGCGUUUCUGGGCGCAGUUCAUCGAUCAGAAGUUUGGUAGGUUCAAUUUCUGGAUCCCGUUCGUGCAAAUGGAGGGCAACAUGCAGGAUUGUUUCGUGAGGGAAGCAAAGGAGAAUCUGGCGCUUCUUGAAGGGCAGCUCAAGGGGAGGAGAUUCUUCGGAGGCGACGCCAUCGGGUUCUUGGACAUAGCAGCGUGCUUGAUAGCUCACUGGCUUGGUGCGUUCGAGGAGGUAUGUGGGGUGACCUUGGCCACGGAUGAGGAGUUCCCUGCUUUGUGCGAGUGGAGGAGACGCUACGUCAACGAUGAGGCCGUGAAGCCGUGCCUGCCGAAUAGGGACGAACUCGUUGCGUAUUACCGUGAACGCAAGGAGAUGAUCAAAGCCGCCGGAAGGCAGCACAAAUGAUUCCAACGUAGUUGUAUGCAUGAGAAAUAAAUAUAUGUCCAUGGGAAUGGAAUAAGUUACUAUUUGAUUCAACGUGUUAUUUUUCUUAAUUUCAACUUCCAUGUUGGAGAUAAAAAGUUUAUGGAACA